GGGCGGGGCGAAGCCGCGCUCUCCCUGCAGUUCCGCUUCGUGCCGUGGGCGACCCCACGCGUGUAAAGGACCAAAGUGUGCACGCGGAACAGCCGAACGUGCGGCGCUUGCAAGACCGUGUUACCUGUAAGAGAGAAGCAGUGCAUUAUGGGUCGCCUGGAUGGGAAGGUGAUCGUGCUGUCGGCGGCUGCGCAGGGCAUCGGGAGAGCUGCAGCCAUCGCCUUUGCCAGGGAGGGGGCCCAGGUCAUAGCCACUGACAUCAAUGGAAAGAAGCUGAAGGAGCUGGAUGGGCUCUCAGGCAUUAAGACCAGGGUGCUUGAUGUGACUAAGAGAGAUCAGAUCGAGGCCUUGGCCCGCGAGCUGGACCGUGUCGAUGUCCUCUUCAACGUGGCUGGCUUUGUCCACCAUGGCUCCAUCCUGGACUGUGAGGAGAAGGACUGGGACUUCUCUAUGAAUGUCAAUGUCCGCAGCAUGUACCUGAUGAUUAAGGCCUUCCUGCCCAAGAUGGUGGCUCAGAAGUCCGGCAACAUAAUCAACAUGUCAUCGGUGGCGUCCAGCAUAAAGGGUGUGGUGGACAGGUGCAUCUACAGUACGUCCAAGGCCGCCGUCAUCGGCCUCACCAAGUCUGUGGCGGCAGAUUUUAUCGCCCAGGGCAUCCGCUGCAACUGCAUCUGCCCUGGGACGGUGGACACCCCGUCACUGAGGGAGAGGAUGGCGGAGAGGCCCGACCCUGAGCAGGCCCGUAAGGACUUCUUGGCCCGGCAGAAGAUGGGCAGGAUGUGCACGGCGGAGGAGGUGGCUCACCUGUGCGUGUACCUGGCCUCCGACGAGUCUGCCUUCGUCACCGGGACGGAGCAGGUCAUUGAUGGAGGGUGGCGCCUCUGAGGACCCAGCGUGGAGACCACUGAGCCCCGGAGGCCUCGGGUUCGACUGGACUGCAGAAGCUAGUUAGCAACUUGGAGGAACAAAGCCAGCUUUUAGUUGAUCUGUAGCAAAACUCUUGACUGGGCACAAGAUUUUUACAAUCAUGCAUUUUUCUUCAUAAAGAAACCAAUAAACAUCCAUCUGUAUGUGAAACAUGGAUUUUUAUUGUUAUGAUUAAAAAAAAAAAAUUUAAAAGUUUCCUAAUGAGGGCAGCAGGGGGUUAGUGGUUACAGCUGCCACCUUAGUGCCUAAAGGUUGCAAGUUUACAUCUCCUCAUCCCUCUCCUCUUGCUGUGGUACCCUAAGUCGAGGUACUUACCCUGAAACGAUAGUGAAAUUUACCUAGGUAAAUAAAUGUGUAAAAUCAACGUAAGCAGCUUCAUGUUGUAAGUCCGUCUGUACUACUUGCCCCAUACGGGACACGGAGCCCAACCUAGCAUGCAGGGCGUAAGGCCGGAG